CAGGUAGGAGCCGGUCCGCCCAGAGAGGCUCCACCCUCGCCCGGUGUUUGGGCACCAGGCAGACACCGCCAGCCCCGCCCCGGGAGGUGGGGGCAGGAGGCUCAGGACCCAGGGACCCAGACCUGUCGCCCGCUCUCUCGGCCAGCCGCCGCCGCCCGCGCCCAUGGGGAACAGCCACUGCGUGCCCCAGGCUUCCAGGAGGCUGCGGGCCUCCUUCUCCAGGAAGACCUCGCUGAAGGGCAGCAGAGAGGAUGGCACCAGGAAGCUGGCCAGCCUGUUUGGCUCCGAGGCCGGCCCCGACGACGGGGACACCACGGACAAGAUCUUCUGCUACAUCCCGGGCGCGGACCUCCCGGGCCUGGAGAGCCAGCGAGAACCUCUGGACCAGCCGUUCCUGAGCGUCUUCAAGAAGGGGCGGCGCAGGGUGCCUGUGCGGAACCUGGGCAAAGUGGUGCACUACGCCAAGGUCCAGCUGAGAUUCCAGCACAGCCAGGAUGUCAGCGACUGCUACCUGGAGCUGUUUCCUUCCCACCUCUACUUCCAGGCCCACGGUUCUGAGGGACUCACUUUCCAGGGGCUGUUACCGCUGGUGGAGCUGAGCAUCUGCCCCAUGGAGGGCUCCAGGGAGCCUGCCUUCCAGAUCACAGGCCCUCUGCCUGCCCCCCUUCUGGUGGUCUGCCCCAGCCAGGCAGAGCUGGGACGCUGGCUCUACCACCUGGAAAAGCAGAUGGCCCUCCUGAGAGGGUUGCAACGCUGCCACUCAGCACCCCCGCAGGGCCCCCCGGAGGACGAGCUCCCCUGGAGUCUGCAGCACAGGCUGGCCCAGCUGCGGACCACAUGGGGGCGCCAAGUGGUGGGCAGCGCCAUCUGCGCCUCGAGGGUCAAGCUGCAGCAUCUGCCAUCACAGGAGCGAUGGGACCGGAUCCUGGUCCUGUACCCGACCUCCCUGGCCAUUUUCUCGGAGGAAGCGGACGGGCUUUGCUUUAAGGGGGAGCUUCCACUCAGCGCCAUCCACAUCAACCUGGAGGAGAAGGAGAAGCAGAUCCGCUCCUUCCUGAUCGAAGGCCCCCUCAUCAAUACCAUCCGGGUGCUGUGCGCCAGCUACGAGGACUACAGCCACUGGCUGCUCUGCCUGCAGACCGUCUCCCGCCGGGAGGGAGCGCCCCUGCUGCCUGGCCCCGAGGGCUUCCCGGGGCUGCGGGGGCCCCUCCAGGUCCUGGGCAGUGGCCGCGGCUCACUUUCCUCAGAUGGACAGACCAGCUGGGACUCGGGGUACCCAGCACCCCACUCUAACCGCACCAGCCGUUCCCUCCCCGAGUGCUCAGUUCCGUCCGCAGCUGGCUGCCCUGCCCAGCCUGCAUCUGACAAGGCCAACCCUGGCUGGACCAGCGUCAGUGGGCAGAAGGCAGAGCUAAGACGGGGCGGCAGCAGUCGGUCACCCAGGAGCAAGGCCCGGGGCGAGGGGCCUGGCCCGGCCACCCCGCUGCACCUGGAUCUGACCAAGCUGACCCGGCCGAGCCUGGAGGGUGGCCCGGAGGUCGAAGACCACUCCCUAGAGACACCUCACUCGCCCCUGUACGCUGACCCCUACACACCGCCUGCCACCUCCCAUCACAAAGUCAGAGACGUGCGGGACCUGGGGGAGUUCCUUGCUGCGAUGAAGAGCUCGCUUGGACCCGAGCCCUCGAGCCCGUUCCCCGCCGUGCCCGUGUCCGUGCCCCGCUCCGACCCCAGCUCUGGAGUCGCCAGCCCCCACUUGCUCUCCAGGAGGGGAGCCCUGCAGCCCCGAGCCUCUCAGCGGCACCGGGGCUCCGUCAAGGGCCGUGGGCCCCAGCCCCCCGACUCUCCUCGGCUCGUCUCCCCUCCCAGGGAAGUUUCGCCCGACCCCCCGCUGCCUCCCCCAGACGGCGGACCCCCCAGGAGCUAUGACAACAUCUGGGACCAGGCUCCGUCUCCCUCCCGCCGACGGUGGCCCCGAGAAGCGCCUGAGGCUGAGGCGGGGCUCACCCAGUGGAUCUGAGCGGCUUCUCAGUCCCACCUGCCAGUGUCGACUCUGGGGGGGUCUCCAGCAAGGCCUGGGUCUUUCUUUGUGGGGCCAUCGGACAACCACCCCCACCCAAUACCCAGUCAGGGUCUGACCCCGGGGGGUGGAGGGGGUCUCCAGAACCCUGAGUUUUCUAGGAUCUGGAGGGACCAGGAAGACAGCUUCCCCCCAGGAUGCCCUGACCAGCGCCCUGGACCACAGAUGAGGGCGCGAUGCCCAGAGCGGCUGAGCCUCGGCCCCCAGGGAAAGUGUGAGGGAGGAGCUUGAGGGGGCUUCACCUGGGAGGGGGGAGCGGAGCAGGGUUGAAGGUGAAGGUCAGAGGGCUGAGGAAGUUACAGAGAGUCAGAGUAUGUGAGGCCAGAGGUCAUGAGGACCCGAGGUCAGCAAGGUCAGAGCUAGGAGGGUGGCCCAUGUGGGUGGGUGGCAUUGCUCGGGAGAAAUGGACAAAAGACUAAAGAAGGAAGAAGAGAAGAUUUUA